GCAAUGUAUUUAAAUGUUUUAACAACCGGUAAGGGCGUCGGGACAUUUACGCAUGGUUGCGCGGAUGGUUGUAUAUUAAUGUCGACUGUGGAUUCAGGAGUUACACACAAACCUUUCAUGACAUCGGACGAGGUUCUCAAAGGACAGGCCGUUUGUGAAGUUGCCUUGUGUUGAUGCUUACUGGUCUACGUCAACAAUAGGUGAUAUCGCAAACAAUGUUGCUUUGGGGGUAUAUCCACCAUUUUAAAUCUACAAACCCGGAAAGCCAAAAUAUUGUGAAUAUGAAGCAACACAAAAGAUGGAUUCGCUGAAAUACAACUGAACAUACAACUCAAAAUCUUGUGAAGGGAGCGAUGUUAAAUUUAGACAAAUCACAACAAUGGGGUAUUAGUCUAUCAAACGUCACCUAUUUGGAAUAAAUUAGUAGUCAACCACAGUUGAUCCUAACCAGACACUUGAAUACAAAGUUCAACGUGUACUAUAAUUAUAAAGAAUUCAACAUGGUGGCUUGCCCAAGAAAAUCUCCGUUUGAAAGAUGGGCAGACGCGGGCUAUCGAACCCGUCUGAAGCAAACAAUAUAUCUACUCGUAGCUAAUAUUGCCAUGGGCUUUAUAUCGGCCCAAAAGGGAGCAGCCUUUCUGGAUAUUCGACUGAUAACUAAUACAUCCUUAGAAUCCGCUUCCUUCUUCUUCACUGCAUAUGCAGUGGGUGGUGUAGUCGGGGCUUUAGUGUUUGGUGGAUUGUACGACAAGUUUAAUAGAAAUCUUCUACUCUACCUGACCGUACUCGGCAUGUCAGUUACUGUUGUCAUCAUUCCAUAUUGUACAGCUUACGAAGCCAUGUUAGUAGCUUGGUUCUGUAAUGCCUUCUUUAAGGGAGGCUUUGAUGCCAGUUCUAACGCCGAAGUUGUUCGAAUGUGGGAUCUAGAAAGUCAGCCAUAUUUGUUCUUAAACAACCUUGGAUUUUCAAUUGGAGCUGUGUUUGGACCUCUAGUCACGGAACCGUUUUUGGUACCCAAAGAACUGGUGAACCGUGUCUUGAAUUCAACACAUGUGCUGUGUAGUAAUGGAACUAAUGUUAAUGUCUCUACCCCUGCAGAUUCAACAGAGUCAUUUGGACACAGCUCUCCGCCGUACGAAUUAAGCGCGAAUUUCACCCUCAAUGACUCAGCGUGCAGUAACUCAACAGAGACUCCAGACUUCGAAAUCCGACUCCAUUACGCAUAUGCCAUUUCUGGCGCCUUAGCCUUUAUAACGUCAUUUCCGCUGCUUUAUCAGACUUUCAGAAAAAGGAAACUCCAACCUACAAAGAGAACUUCUCCAGAUCAGGAGGCUGUUCGAGAGUUACCUAUACGUCAUUAUAUCAUAGCUAUUAUAAUCAUCAUACUCACUUUCGUUUUCAACAACUCAAUAGAAGACGCCUUUUCAUCAUUUCUCAUGACCUUUGUGGUUAAACAGUUGAAUUGGUCCAAGACCCAAGGUGCGCAGUUAUCCUCCUUGUUUUUCGGGAUGUACGUGAUCGUGCGUGCUCUAGGUAUUUUCUUCGCAGACUUGUUGAGUCCAACGCUUCUGUUAUUCGGCUCACUGGCAAUACUUUUAUUAUCAAUUGCAGGUUUGACAAUAAGUUCUAUUUAUUCUGGACAUAUUGGGGUGUGGAUUUGUGUAGCAGCGUGUGGUUUUAUUAUAGGUGUCUUAUUUCCAAUCGGUGUGGCGUGGAUUAAUAAGUCAAUUGUUUCAGUAAGCGGAAAGAUGUCAUCCAUUAUGUUAAUGGGAUCAGCUACCGGCAGACUCUGUAACCCUAUUGUUUUGGGAUAUUUCAUGGAAAAAUUCUCGCCAUUGUGGUUUUGCUAUCUUACUCUUUCUGAAGCAGCGAUAUCCAUAACGAUUUUCGUCAUGUCAACGAUAUACAGUAAGAAAGUUCUAUCUACGGUACGUCGGAGGAACACAGGGGCCGUGGCAACAACAGAUGCACUUCCUUUAAAUGAAGGCCCUGCUACAGCUAAUGGCUAACUUGUAGCUGCGAGGCCGAGGAUUCAUCGCCUCAAAGCGCACUGUUGACCCAUAUUAUGUCAUAUACGUGGGACUCACCGGACUAGCAUCGAUAUUAAUAAUUUUAUAUCACGGGUAUGAAAUUGUUAUAGAUUCCCAAUUUGAUUUUUACUAGCAUCCUCUAUAGGAACAAGGGUUCUUAGAAAAUAGAGUUUUGUGAAUUAUCCGGUUAGUAUUAUACGUAUUCAGUAAAGGAUUAAUCCUUCCAACCACAGCCCAUCAGGAGUUCUGAGUAGUGUAUGGUGGUCCCCACAAUUCCUUAAUCAACUUCAGAUUAUGCACGGGGUGUUUCAAUUAAAUAAAUGUCGUGUGAAAAAAACAAAAAACAAGUGAUACAUUGGAAAUUUAGAAUACGAAUUUAAUAUACCGUGUGGAUAGAUAUAGCCU